UUGUGAGUACAGUGCUGUGGUAAGCUUUCCUGGACCAUUCUCUGAUGACUCAACUCUUUCAGAAUUUCUUGCCAGAGAUUCCCUUGUGCCCGGCUCACGGGAGCUCUCCCGAGUGUGGAGCCAUCGGCCCUGAACAUCAGGCAGACAGCCUCAGCCCGGGAGUGUUGGAGUGAUCCCUGAUGGGCACAGUGUUUAUGCUCCUGAGGACGAUUUGCCAGUCUGUCCUCACUGAGUCUCUACAGUUCCAAGCAGAGUGUGUGGAGAAGGAGGAGGACAACAUGAAGAGGAAGAAAGACGGGCUGAGAGAACGUCUUGGCGCCUGGGACUACCAUCAUGGCCUAGUUGGCUUGCACAACAUUGGACAGACCUGUUGCCUUAACUCCCUGAUUCAGGUAUUCAUAAUGAAUGUGGAAUUCACCAAGAUAUUGAAGAGGAUAAACGUUCCAAGAGAGGUGGAAGAACAGAAGAGAAAUGUCCCUUUUCAGCUACUUUUACUGCUAGAGAAAAUGCAGGACAGCCGGCAGAAGGCAGUGAGACCCGUGGAGUUCGUCUCCUGCCUCCAGAAGCACAAUGUACCAAUGUUUGUUCAACAUGAUGCUGCUCAACUCUACCUCAUGAUUUUGAAUCUCAUUAAGGCUCAGAUCACUGAUGUGGACUUGGUGCAGCGGCUCCAGGACCUGUAUAGGAUCCGGAUAAAGGAGUGCUUGGUCUGCCUAGACUGCACCAGGGAGAGUAGCAGAGACAGUAGCUUGCUGACUCUCCCUCUCAGCCUUUUUGACCUGAACUUGAAGCCCCUGGGAACGCUGGAGGACGCCCUACACUACUUCUUGCAACCCAAGGAGCUGUCAAGCAAUAGCAGGUGCUUCUGUCAGAACUGUGGGAAGAACACCCACAGGAAACAGGCCUUGAAGCUGACCCAUCUGCCCUCAGCUUUGACCAUCCACCUCAUGCGCUUCUCCGCCAGGAAUUCACAGACUCGGAAGGUCGGCCACUCCCUCUCUUUCCCCGAGAGCUUGGAUUUCAGUCAGGUGCUUUUCAGUGAACAAGACCUCAGCGAUGAUGUCAAGGAACAGGUUGGAGGACAGUAUGAACUCUUUGCCGUGAUCGCACACAUGGGCAUGGCGAACUUCGGUCAUUACUGUGCCUAUAUUCGGAACUCUGUGGAUGGAAAAUGGUUCUGCUUCAAUGACUCCAAUGUUUGCAGGGUAUCCUGGGAAGACGUCCAGUGCACCUUUGGAAAUCAUAAUGACCGUUGGCGCGAAACUGCGUAUCUUCUGGUUUACAUGAAGGUUGAGAGCUAGUGACUUCAUCCUCAACUUUCAGAAACCAUCCAAGUAUCAUUUCUGUUUUCUGUCCCUGAAAACUGCUGCUUAAAAGACUGUACAACGAGAUACAUCAUUUCACACUAUAUCAUUAGACCUUGUGUUUAAGCAGGUUCUUAUGCUAGAGGCUUGAUCUUCAAUGUGCCUGUGUUGAAUCGGUGGUAUCUUUAAGAGAUGGGUCCCAGCGAAAGGCAAUGAGCUCCGUGUGAUUCCUCCUCCUAAGAAUGGAUGCUACCCUUCUGUUCUGCCAUGUUCUUCUGCAGCUGGAGGGCCCUGGCCAGGAUGGUUAGAGUGGUUGAAUCCUCCAGCCAUCAAAAUUGUGAGCCAAAUAAUUAAGCAUCUUUAUGAAAUACCCAGUCUUGGGUACUUUGGGUAUAGCAACACAGAAUGGGUUAAUACAGUUACUAAGUAUUUAACAGGACUGCACAGGCUCUGAUUUGCCACAGAGGGUGUUCUCUCCAGGGGUCUCUGAUCACAUGGUUGAACUGAGGCACUAGGUGGGAGAUGGUGGGAUCCAGGUGCUGCUUGGAGGACAGUACUAGUACUAGGAGCUAUUUGGGUGAUAGGGAGCAGUCGUAAGGAGCAUUUCAAAGUUUAAAAGGAGUGUGAGCAUACUAUUGUGACCUCAGUGACUGUCAGUCUCUAUAUAAUUUAUUAGUUUUGUGACUAUAAUUGAUUCCAUAAUUUCAGCUGUU